AUGUCUCGUGCCCUCGGUGCUGCAUUUCUGAACCACCAGGUUGAGCAGCUCGAGAAGACAGUCGUGUCGAACGGACCUGCCUCGGGCAACUGGCGGGACAGGAAACAGACAUCUUCUCACCUGGUGGCACCGCCGCACAAACGUGUUGCAAGCUCUCCCAACGGAAAAACCAACAAUCGGAGGAGAGGGGGGGACGUUCCCAGUGCGCCGAAGGAGAGAGACGCCGGACCUCGUGGUGGCAGGAACUUCGACUCCGUGCCCCCGAAAAGGCGCUUUGCAGGUGAAGAGAAGCAUGAGAAGGAUGCCGACGUUAUCAUCGUCGAUGCUAGCGUUCUAAUCCAUGCCCUGGACAAUUUGAAGAAGUGGUGUAGGAACGAUAGAGAGGAGGUCGUUAUUGUGCCCCUUGAAGCCUUGAAUACUCUUGAUCUUCUCAAGAAAGGGUCCACCAUGCUUGCUCAACGAGCCAGAGCCGCAUCCAGAAUACUCGAGGCCCAAGUCGGUGUCAACCCUCGCAUUCGAGUCCAACAAGAUAAUGCAUUUGUACUCUGGGACAAGAUUUCCUUCAAGGAAGGUAGUCUCUCCGAAGACUCGAUUACGGAUGCCGCAAGCCACAGCCCUCAUGUUUCUCCGGAAUGGGUCCGCCGCACAAUUUGCAGUGCCCGUUGGGAAUCCGAGCAUGCUCAGGACACUACUCCGUCCUCGAAGGUCGCCGAUCCAAAGGUCAUUGUCGCAGUCUGCACCACAUCCCAGAGCCUCUCGCCUCCGCUGGUGCCCGUGAAGCUCUCCGAGUCGCCUACCGAGUCCGCUCUCACUCCAGUUCCACUUCCAGCACCCACUCAACACAACUACAACAAGCAUGAACCCCGGUCUAGUGGGUCCCUUGUGGCUUACUGGGCCGCACGCGCGGGUCUCGAAGUCAUUGAUGUCAAGCCUACUGCCGCCCCUACCCCGAACGGGAAUGUUCGCAGCUCUUCCGAGGAGGAACGUCCGAAGAGGAUUGCUGUGAAUAAGGGCCGUCGGGGCCCGGCGAACAUUGGCACCACUGACUUCUCCAAAGGUGGACUGGUUGAACGAUCACCUGCCGUCUUGGCGAUGAUGGAAAUGGUUUCCCGGCCUAGCAAGGUCGUGAGGGUACUCGCUAGAGGUGAGAAGUUAGAACCUGACCCGUAG